GAUAGCAUUUUCGCUGAUGCAGGCUGGCAGUGAUGGGACAGAUAUUACUGAAAUGAUUCAAGUUCCAACUAAACUACAACAGAGGCUGACACGGCAACACGCUAAAGAAAAGACGUCAGCAAUGAUCGAGAAGGCCCCCUCCCAGCGAGAUGCUGCUAGGCUAAGAUCGAUUCAAGGCAAGGGCGCUGGAGCCUGGCUGAAUGCUAUGCCCACCUCAAAUAAGCUCGCACUAGUUUCCCGCGAUUUUCGUUUGGCGGCUUGCUUGAGAUUGGGGUUAGCCAUGCCCUUCGAUGGCUGUAUUCGUCAGUGUGACUGUGGUUCUUUUCUGGACAGUUGUGGAUACCAUCUCCUAACAUGUAAGUGGGGCGGUGGUCCAGUCUGGACCCAUGAGUGUAUUGCCAAUGUAUGGUCAGACUGUCUGCGCAGCUUACAAAUGCACCAUCACAGAGAGCCACGUCAUCGAUACAUUACAUCUGACAACCGCCCUGACAUAACAGUUUUCGAUGUUGGAUCAGGGUCCAACACAGAUUUAGACAUUUCGCUAGCACAUCCCUGGAGCAGUGAAGUAAUUUCAGCAUCAGCAUCUACGGAAGGUGCUGCAGCAUCCAGGAGAGAGCAGAAGAAAACGGAAAAAUAUAGCAGAGAACGACUUCUUGGUAAGGAAACAGUGACAGCAGUCCCACUAGUCUUGGAACAUUUUGGUCGAUGGGGACAACAAGCAGAAAUGUACCUACAGCAUUUGUCAAGUAGAUCAACGGAUGCCUAUGGAACAACAAAUGCCUCCUCAUUCAAGACACAUUGGAGGGAGCGCAUGUCCAUUCAGCUACAAAAAGCCAAUGCUCGAGUCAUCUACAGGAAAGUGGAGAGACUUUUAGAUGAUGCUAGUUAAUUUGUGUUUUUCCAAGGCCAUUUGGCCUUUACUUUUUUUUUUUUUUUAGUAAAGGAGCAAGCACGUGUGUAGUUAAUUGGACUGAUGAGGACAUUGUGUUGUAGAGGAUUUAGCCUCCAUCUGUACGUACUUUGUUCUAUUGAAUAAAAUACAAUAGACAGACAGACAAACAAACAGAGAAACAGACAGACAGAAAACGGACAAAACAAGCAGACAAACAACGGACAGACAAACAGACAAACAAACAGACAGAGAGACAAGGGACAGACAAACGGGUGGACAAAG